ACUCCACACAUGAGCACCACCAACGACAAUAAUAGCAACCCCAAAUUGUUCCUGUCAGGACCAUCAACGUCUGAACCAAAUGACCUCUCAUUUUUUAAUUAUCAUGAAUUUCUAGUUCCUCAAUCAAAAUAUUCCCUAGUCAUAAAUCAUUACCCGAACAAUUACGCCAGUUCUAAUUCUACUACACAGUUAAAUACAAGAAUAAUACGAAUACCACGAUGUUACGAAACUACUGAAUUCUCUGAUUUGAUUCCCCUGUUUUCUUUGUACUAUCCUGGUAAAGAACCUGGAGCAAUAACGCAAGAACACCUUGAUGUACAGGGAACUUACGAUGGAAAUAUAUUUGGAAUUACUUCAGAUUUUCGUCUAGAAAUUAACUCUAACGAACUACAAGAGAUAGUGAGGCAAGUAAAUCAAUAUUUAUAUAAUGCCUUCUAUCCAUAUAGUAUACCCACAUUAUUUGAAAACGUAUUGGAUCUAAUCACGGGAGGAAUGUUUUCUCAGUUAUCAAAUCUUGUUGGUGUACGAUCGCACACCAAGAGAACAUUAUUACAAUUGGAACAGUAUAUUACGGAUGUCAAUAGUAAGUUUAAAGAAAGAGAAAUUGACGUUGUUAUAAUUUCACCUAGAAAAUCAGGAUAUUUAUCAGUAUGUAUAGCUUUUUGCUUUGCAAAAGUUGGAAUACUACUAACAUAUAGUUUAGCUUGACAUUCAAUUACCCAAACCAACUAAAUAGAUUAGAUAUUUAUAUGCACAUAGUGACG